GGCGACGCGAUCGUCGGAGUCGCCGCCAACAACCUCUACAAGUUCAGGCGGCUGCCGUCUGCAGCCGUCGUCUGGGCUGCUGUGCGCCGCGGCGUUGCCCAGGGCCAUGGGCCUCUGCCGCCGUCGCCCUUCAACCUCGAGCUCAGCGCCGACAACGUGCUGGGCGUGGCGGCGGGGGUGCUGGCCUUACCCGACCCGCUCGGAGCGGCGCCCGCUGCCGCAGCGCCUGGCGCGCUGGCCUUGGCUGGCGCGGCCGCGCCCCCCGCGGGCGCCCCUGGGCCGCCUGCCGCGGCGGCCGCUGCGCCCGAGGGCGGGGUGGGCGCGCUGGCUGCGGCGCGCGGUGCGGGGGGGGGGGCCGCCCUGCCUGCCGCCGCUGGCCCUCCGGGCGUCGGCGCCGCCGCCGCGGCCCCCGCGGCCCCAGGCGUUGCGGGGCCUGAUCCCCGUGUGAUGGCCACCGUCCUCGACGCUCGCGGGUUGCGGGACAUGCCCUUCAGUGACGCUGUGAAGCGCCAGACCGAGACCCCCCGCGCCGACUGGCCCGCGAAGGGCCCAAGGACCACGAUGUGGGUGCUCCACUUCAUGCUCCGCAUGGCUGGCGGGGCGAUGGCGUGGCACAACCGCUGGAUGGCCAUGAUGCAGGCCUUAGAGACGGACGACACCGCUAAGCUGCGCGAGACGCUGUGCCGCGCCAUCGAGACCUCGCUCUGCCACGACCAGCUGAUCAUCUGCGAGCUGGCCUCCUACGAGUUCCUGUCGCGGCAGCUGCAGUUGGUGGAGGAGCGCUUCUUCGAGGAGCGCGCGCGCAGGACCCACCCUGCGCCCAAGGCCAAGGGCCAGGCCAAGGACGGCGCCGCGGCCGCGGCCGCCGACGUCUCCUCUGAGAUCGGCCACUUCCUCGGCACUGGAGAGGCGAUGGGCAACUUGUGCAUUUGCCCAGCCUUGAUGGACUGGAUCGCCGACCAGAUGAAGAGUGAGAGGGGCCUCACGACGUGCAGCCUGUUCGUGAGCCUGGCCAGCUUGGCCCCGAGCCCUUCGAGGCUCCACCUGGCUUGGAGUUGCCCAGACGAGGUGACCGUCGCCAGCGUGACGUUUUUCCGCUUCCUCUUCUUCCAGUGGAUGGGCGUCGCCAUCUUCUGCCUGGUCGUGGGGCUCGUCUGCGCGCCGCCAAAGGCAGCCUCAGUGGACUACAUCGCGGGCUUGCACCGCGACUUCGAGCUGCCCGCCGCCUACUCGGAGAGAGGCCGCGAUUGCGAAUCAUCCCUCGUAGAGAUGCUCGCGCAGGCACCUGGCUACGCUGGUGACAGCGGUCGAGUGCGCCCCUACAGCAUGCCGCUUGUGGCCUGGCCCGAGUCGGCGAAGGCAGUCUCCACCUGCGGCGUCGUCUCCGAGGCCGACUCCAUCGUGCUGCAGGAUUGGAGGCAGAGUAUGCUGAAUCCCGAGUCAGUGGCGGCGGAGCUGCGCGAAUCGCUGGGG